UAUUGCUGUUAUGGUAAGCCCUCUUCUUAUGCUCACACUCCAUGCAUGUCUAUUAAUAACCAUUCUCGCUGUCACAGUCUGUCUUGUAAAUCUCGCUCCCCUUGUUUUCAUCCCUCUUUGAAUGAUUUUUAAUUAAUUAAUUUGCAGACAUUUCUAUGAAGAUUCUUGUCUUAGUCACUCCUACUUCCUCUGUUCGCUUGAUCAUGACUCCGUUACCAUCAUCAUCACUUACAAGACUACAUGGGAGUACUAGUGACAUCACACAGGGUUUCAUAUCCACUUUUAUUCAUGCCACACUUUCACCUUCCAUCACAGUCGUCUCUUCGACAACUGUUAUUGAUGAGGCACGUGGACCAUCUAGGGAUGGCUGCCUAGAAUCAAGAAUCUACCUUGCCGUUGGAACUGCUUUGUCUGUGUUUGGGGUGCUUAUAGGAUUCUUAUUUGGAUUCUUAUUUGGUUUCAUUACCGCUACUAGGAGAAAAAGUAGUACUAAUGAAGUAAUUGCUGAGGAGAAUCCAGCCUAUGGUGUGACACUUGGUCCAGGACCAGCAACCACCACUGAGCCACCACCAACUGCUCCUCAGCCUCAGGAGGCUGAGUAUGAACUGAUCCCUUUUUAGUGCAUAGACAACAAUACACAACAAUACACAUUGUGUUUAACGCAUUAUUUCUCUUGUUUAAGUAUAAUUAUUAGUGAAU